AAAAGCUGUUACCGAAUUUUUGUUUUUUAAGUGUUUUUGCCGUUUUCUCUGUUAACGUGUUGUUACUAAAAUAUCUGGAUUUUUUUUUUUUUUUAUAUACAUAUUGCAGCGGUUUUUCCUCCAGCCGUAUGGUUAGCACCUAGCAUGUUGCGAACUUUGUUUGUAGACGGAAUUAUUAACCUGCGACACCGUUUGACCGCCUCGAGUUUUUAAAAAAAAAAUUAACAUCAGUGAAAACUUUACUGACUUGUUACUCUGUUUAUUGACGAAGCUGAUGUCUGAACUACGCUUGAACUAUGCUGUCUUCCAGAGUAGUGAGUUUGCGGCGGUGUUGGUUAGGUAAAGGCUUUGGCUCCCGGCUGGUUCUGGGCGUAGAGACGAGCUGUGAUGAUACCGGAGCCGCUGUGGUCGACGAGGUCGGAUCGGUCCUGGGAGAGUCGCUGCAUUCUCAGAAAGAAGUCCAUCUUAGAACCGGUGGCAUCAUUCCUGCAGUGGCCCAGAAACUCCACAUGGAGAACAUUUCGCGGGUAGUCCAGGAGGCUUUGGAGAGGAGCGGUGUGAGCGAACACCAGCUCUCAGCUGUGGCCACCACAGUGAUGCCAGGCUUGGCCCUGAGCUUGGGGAUUGGUGUGGACUUCAGUCUGAACUUUGUUAGGCAGCACAACAAGCCCUUCAUCCCCAUCCACCACAUGGAAGCUCACGCCUUGACCAUCCGCAUGCUCCAGCCUGUCCCCUUCCCAUUUCUGGUUCUCCUCAUUUCUGGAGGGCACUGUCUUCUCGCUGUGGCCCGAGGAGUCAGUGACUUCCUGCUGCUUGGUCAUUCGCUGGAUUCAGCGCCAGGGGACAUCUUGGAUAAAGUGGCGAGACGUUUGUCCCUCAUAAAGCACCCACAGUGUUCCACACUAAGUGGAGGUCAAGCGAUAGAACUUCUUGCAAAGGAUGGCGACAGGACAAAGUUUCCCCUCACGACACCUUUGGGGCAAAUUUAUGACUGCUGCUUUUCUUUUGCUGGCUUACAGAGUCAGGUUACACGGUUAAUCAGGAAUAAAGAGGCUGAAGAAGGUGUAGAAAAAGGGACACUUUUAUCAUGUGUGAACGACAUUGCAGCUGCUAUACAGCACACAGUUGCCUGUCAUCUUGCCAAGCGCACUCAUCGUGCCAUCUUGUUCUGUAAGCAGAAUUACCUGCUGCCAUCAUGCAGUCCCACCUUGGUUGUGUCUGGUGGAGUUGCUAGCAAUCAGUACAUCCGCAAGGCUUUAACUAUUAUCACUGAGACCACGGGAUUACAACUGCUUUGUCCUCCAGCCAGGUUGUGCAUGGACAAUGGAGUGAUGAUUGCAUGGAAUGGUGUGGAGCGUCUAAAAGAAGGGGCGGGGAUCCUGCCUCCACACGUGGAUGUGCGAUAUGAGCCAAAGGCGCCGCUGGGUGUGGACAUAACAGCCGAGGUGAGAGCCGCAGCAAUCAGACCGCCUUCAAUCAAGAUGAAGAUAACAAACUGAGGAAAACCUGCUUCAUCACUCAGAGAUGCUCAGAGAGUAUAACUGCGGUAAAAUACCACAGUGUAAUCUACGCUGCACUGUUUAGGAGCGUCAACUACAGGUCACUGCUGAGAGAGCUGGAUGUUCAGAGAGCUGGAUCAAAGCAUAUACGUAGAAAGUUGACUGAAAGCGAAAAGUGUUGUUGGAAUAUGUGCACAAGCAACAGGGACGAGCGCAGCCUUGAGAGGAUGUCGAGCAAAGCUGAUUCAAUAACAUGGAGGAGCUUCGCAAGGGGUGGACUGAGGCUGGAGUCAGAGCAUCAAGAGCCGCCACGUACAGACUGGCUGCAAGUGCUAUGAGUGAAGUAUGAAUUAUUCUAAUAUUUUGUGAUGCACAUAUUUUGUUUUUUGGGCUGUAGGCCAUAAUUAUCAAAGUUAAAGUUAAAAAAGCUUUAAACCUUCUAGAAUGCAUAAAAUGCUCACUUUCUGAAAUACAUGACAAAAAAAAAAUCCACUUCUCAUGGCAUUUAAAUUUUUUUUUGAGAUGCACCUACAGUAUAUAUAGUGCAGCAGAUAACAGAAUAUUUACAGGGGAAUCCUUCAAAUG